UCUGGCGAUAGGCUAGCUGUCGAAACGGCACUACGAGUCACAUUGUUUAACAUUACUGUAAUAAAUUACCAACAAAUAACAUUAGUACAUGAUUACUAAAGUACACGGGGGAUGUUGAUAAACUCGAAGUUUGAUUCGGUUCGGUUAUUUAUGCCCUAACUGGUCUGAUAGUUUUGUUUUUGAACGUCGAUGGGUGUGUUUUUCUCUCGGUAGCCGUCAAAGCAGCAGUACCGCUAUUAGCGACGCAGUCAAGCUCACGAUUAUCCACAAACUCCCGCAACUAAUUCUGAUAUUUAGUGUAGAAAUAAGAACGGGGGCGUUGAUGAGCAGCAAUGUCUGGCAUUGCUCUUAGCAGACUGUCCCAGGAGCGCAAAGCCUGGAGAAAAGACCAUCCAUUUGGUUUUGUUGCUGUUCCUACAAAGAAUCCUGAUGGCACCAUGAAUCUGAUGAACUGGGAGUGUGCCAUCCCAGGAAAGAAAGGAACCUUGUGGGAGGGAGGACUGUACAAACUCAGAAUGCUGUUCAAAGAUGACUACCCGUCCUCACCACCAAAAUGCAAGUUUGAGCCACCAAUUUUCCAUCCAAACGUCUACCCAUCAGGGACUGUGUGUCUGUCCAUCCUGGAGGAGGACAAAGACUGGAGGCCUGCCAUCACCAUCAAACAGAUCCUUUUGGGGAUCCAGGAGCUGCUGAAUGAGCCCAACAUUCAAGAUCCGGCACAAGCAGAGGCUUACACAAUUUACUGUCAGAACAGGAUGGACUAUGAGAAGCGUGUACGGGCACAGGCCAAGAAGUUUGCCCCGACAUAAAGAGUAGAGCUGGCCCCCAUCCCUCCUGAGCAGCCUGAACUGAUAAAAGAAGGAAGAGACAGUGCACCUGAAGGACCACUCCAAUAAGAAUCCAGUUUAAGUAUUAUUAUUAAAUGGUCUCACAGGUGACAAGUUAGCCUGUUAUUACCUAUUCAUUCUUUUUUUUUCAAACUACAAAACUUCAUGAUUUUACUGUCUUUGAGGAAUACUUGUGCACAUUUGAUGAUCCUCCAGCAUUGUUAUUAGUUACUCUUCUACUGUAAGCUAUGCUAAUGUAUCAACAGAGCUGUAGGGAUACAAGUUUAAGUCUAAAUCUCUCCAUAGUGUUCAGUCACUUAAGCCAGAGAGGAUUGGACUGUUUCUUAAUCGUUCUUUGUUUUUAAAAUCAUCGUAUCCAUUGAGUAUUUUAGAUAGUGUUUCAUGGUUUUGGAGGACUGAGCAGUGGGGCGCUUUAUUCAAAAUACGACCUCCAGGAGUAUUUUUUAGUCCUUUUCACAUAUCUGAGUUUGCAGAAAAGAAAAGUCAGAUUAAAGACCAUCCCUGUGCUUCUUCAUCGGAUUUCAGCUAAAUCAUGGCAGUGGUUAAGUAUUGGAAGUGAAGCUCCGCCUCCAUCAGAGAAAGGCGGAGUCACGGGUUAGUGUUAAGAUUCUCUCAGUGAAUUGAAUCUAGAAAUCAGUUAUAGUUAAGAAGUUAGUGCUCAUUUAACACCAGCAUCAUCAUCUGCUCCACAUUGUAUGAGGUAAAGAUGCUUUACAGUAAAAGAAACAAAAAUGUUGCUAUGUUCUUUUACCUCUGUAUAGGUUAUAGAUAUACCGAUUAAUGCCAUCAAUUUCAGUCAUUUCUCCCGCGUUGCUUUUACAAUAAACACAAAUGUGUAUAAAUGAAACAUUCAGUCAAGCAGAAGCUGAAGGAUCUUUAUUGGACUGGCCUCUCGACCAGCACAUGAAGGUUGAUGAAAGUGCACUUGAAAAGUAAAAAGCAAAGGCUUGAGUUUUUUGCCUCUGAAAAAUUGAGUGCAUGUACAUAAUAUAAAUACUGAAAAGUUGUGGAAGUUAUGUUUUAUAUUGUUUUAGCCAGUUGACAUUUGUGUGUGGUAUUAUAUAACAAAAGAACAUGAUAAAUGGCAUUCAAUUGUGAAAUAAAGUUGAAUAAAAGGA